CCGGUUCUGUGUGCAGUGGGCGGCGGAGCCAGGGCCCCUGGAAUGGCGGAGACUCUCUCAGGCCUAGGCGAUUCGAGUGCGGCGGGCGCAGCGGCUCUGAGCUCCGCCUCGUCGGAGACCGGGACGCGGCGCCUUAGCGAUCUACGGGUGAUCGACCUGCGGGCGGAGCUGAAGAAACGGAAUUUGGACUCCAGCGGCAACAAGAGCGUUUUGAUGGAGCGCCUAAAAAAGGCAAUUGAAGAUGAAGGAGGUAAUCCUGAUGAGAUUGAGAUUACCUCUGAAGGAAACAAGAAAACAUCUAAGAGAUCCAGCAAAGGGCGGAAACCAGAAGAGGAGGGUGUGGAAGAUAACGGGCUGGAAGAAAACUCUGGAGAUGGGCAGGAGGAUGUUGAAACCAGUCUGGAGAACUUGCAGGACAUUGACAUGAUGGAUAUCAGUGUGCUGGAUGAAGCAGAAAUUGAUAAUGGGAGCGUUGCAGAUUGCGUCGAGGAUGAUGACGCUGACAACCUCCCGGAGUCCCUGUCCGACAGUAGAGAGCUGGUGGAGGGAGAGAUGAAGGAGCUUCCUGAGCAGCUCCAUGCUCAUGCUGAGAUAGAGGACAAAGACACUAUAAACAAUUUAGAUACAUCGUCCUCUGAUUUCACUAUAUUGCAGGAAAUUGAAGAGCCGUCUCUGGAGCCAGAAAAUGAGAAAAUACUCGACAUUUUGGGGAAAACUUGUAAAUCUGAGCCAGUAAAAGAAGAAGGUUCCGAGCUGGAGCAGCCAUUGGCACAGGAUACAAGUAGCGUGGGGCCAGACAGAAAGCUCGCGGAAGAAGAGGACCUUUUUGACAGCGCUCACCCGGAGGAGGAGCAGGAGGAGGGCGAUUUAGAUUUGGCCAGCGAGUCAACACACGCUCAGUGGAGCAAGGCAGACACCCUGUUAGCGGUAGUGAAAAGGGAGCCCGUGGAGCAGACAGGCGAUGGUGAGAGCCCGGACUGUGAGCCCGUAGGGCUAGAGAAGCCAGUUGAGCAGAGUAGUAAAGGCCCAGAAGACGCGGACGCCUCUAGCGAGGAGGUGGCGGAGGCGGCCCAGGAAGCCCAAAGCCCUGAGCCCAGAGAUAGCAAAGAAGACGUGAAGAAGCUUGAUAAUGAAGCUUGUAAUGAAGUCCCUCCGGCUCCUAAAGAGUCCUCAACCAGUGAGGGCGCUGAUCAGAAAAUGAGUUCUGGUGAAGAUGACUCGGAUACAAAACGCCUUUCCAAAGAGGAAAAGGGUCGUAGCAGUUGUGGUAGAAAUUUCUGGGUUAGUGGACUAUCUUCUACCACCAGAGCUACAGAUCUGAAGAAUCUUUUCAGCAAAUACGGGAAGGUGGUGGGUGCCAAGGUGGUGACAAACGCCCGGAGUCCUGGAGCUCGCUGCUAUGGUUUUGUCACCAUGUCUACCGCGGAAGAGGCCACAAAGUGUAUCAACCACCUGCACAAAACGGAGCUCCAUGGGAAGAUGAUCUCGGUGGAAAAAGCAAAAAAUGAACCUGCGGGAAAGAAAACCUCCGACAAGAGAGAGGGCGAGGGGAAGAAGGAGAAGUCGAGCACCAGUGACAGAUCUGCAAACCUCAAGAGGGAUGAUAAAGCCGAUAAGAAAGACGACGCUAAAAAGGGUGAAGAUGGAAGCGGAGAAAAGGGUAAAGAUCCAGAUGAUCAGAAAUCCGGACCCUCUGAGCGAUCUAGAGCCACAAAGUCAGGAAGUCGUGGAACUGAGCGGACUGUCGUCAUGGACAAGUCCAAAGGUGUGCCUGUCAUCAGCGUGAAAACAUCUGGGUCCAAAGAAAGAGCUUCCAAGAGCCAAGAUCGCAAAUCGGCUAGCAGAGAGAAGCGGUCCGUUGUGUCUUUUGAUAAAGUCAAAGAGCCUCGCAAGUCCAGAGACUCAGAGUCCCGUAGGGUGCGUGAGCGCAGCGAGCGAGAGCAGCGCAUGCAGGCCCAGUGGGAGCGGGAGGAGCGGGAGCGGCUGGAGAUUGCCCGCGAGAAGCUGGCCUUCCAGCGGCAGCGUCUGGAGCGUGAGCGCUGGGAGCGUGAACGGCUGGAGCGCGAGCGCAUGCACGUGGAGCACGAGCGCAGGAAGGAGCAGGAGCGCAUCCACCGCGAGCGCGAGGAGCUGCGGCGCCAGCAGGAGCUGCGCUACGAGCAGGAGCGGCGGCCUGCCGUGCGGCGGCCCUAUGACGUGGAUGGCCGAGAUGACUCCUAUUGGCCGGAAGCCAAGCGAGCUGCUCUGGAUGACCGCUACCAUUCUGACUUCAGCCGCCAGGAGCGCUUCCACGAUUUUGACCAUCGGGAUCGUGGCCGCUACCCGGACCACUCAGUGGACAGGAGAGAAGGCUCAAGGUCAAUGAUGGGAGACCGAGAAGGACAGCACUACCCCGAGCGUCAUGGAGGACCAGAGCGCCAUGGCCGGGACUCCCGCGACGGGUGGGGUGGCUACGGCUCAGACAAGAGGAUGAGUGAAGGCAGGGGGCUGCCUCCCCCUCCCAGGGGCAGACGUGACUGGGGGGACCAUGGCCGAAGACUGGAGGAUGACCGUGCAUGGCAGGGUGGUGCCGAGGGAGGCAUGAUGGACAGGGACCACAAGAGGUGGCAAGGUGGAGAGAGAAGCAUGUCUGGCCACUCUGGGCCAGGCCACAUGAUGAGCCGGGGAGGGAUGUCGGGGCGGGGCAGCUUUGCCCCCAGUGGAGCCUCCCGGGGCCAUGUGAUGCCACGCGGCGGAAUGCAAGGAGGAUUUGGAGGCCAGACCCGAGGGAACAGACCUAACGAAGCCCGCUUCACUCGCCGCUACUAA